CGGCGACAUUAGUGUGUAAACUCUGUGUCUUUGUAGCUCUGUUAACCAACUCUUCGCCUUUUCUUUUGUUUUUACAACCGGCUUGUUUUUUGUUUUUUCUAGCGACGUCGGUCGGUUUUGCAGCUAAUCUUGACCUUACAUACCCUGAAUCAGCGCCAGCUCCUUUGGUUGACCUGACCACUACGUCCCUUCAUAAUGUACGCCUGUGCUAAGUUCGUCUCCACGCCCUCUCUGGUCCGUGCUGGAUCCCGGGCUCUGUACAGACCACUGUCGGCAGCAGUAGUCUCAGAUGCCAGGAAGGCAGAGACCGCUUCACUCCUGCCACCACAGAGCAUCGUAGCCUCCCAGCAGGUGGCGGUGAGAGGAUUCCAGACUAGCGCUGUGAGCCGUGACAUCGACACUGCUGCAAAGUUCAUCGGAGCAGGAGCCGCCACCGUGGGAGUGGCUGGAUCUGGCGCUGGAAUUGGAACCGUGUUUGGUAGCCUUAUUAUUGGAUAUGCCAGGAACCCCUCUCUGAAGCAGCAGCUGUUCUCGUACGCCAUCCUGGGCUUCGCUCUGUCUGAAGCCAUGGGUCUUUUCUGUCUGAUGGUUGCAUUCCUUAUUCUGUUUGCCAUGUAAACCAGCCGGUCAUUUGCUGUAAAGGGAUGCGUCGCGAUGUUAACAAGAAUUAGCGGUCUGAGAUGUCCUUGAAUGGCGCGCUGGUGGUCGGCUUGACGUGUGGCUCAUUCUUGUUCUUUGGUGUUUCUUAGAAAGCUCGUGAACCCCACUGACGUAUGAAACUGGCAAACACAAAUCAUCGUGAAUGAGGGUUUUGCCAUCAUAUUGUAUAUUUAAUAAAAAAUGUUUUUGUUAACACACGUGCGACCAAUGACAGAAGUAAAACAUUGAAUUCAA